ACGGGAGUGUCUGCGCUACCGGAAAGAGAAAAGAAGAAGAGGAAGCUGUCUCCAUGCUCCAUCAAGGAUAGUUGUGAAACAGUGUAGCUGAUGCUGCUGUGCUAAAACCUCAGAUAUUUUCAGUUGUGUGUCUUUAGGAGUGUUUGUCAUCGGUAUUUAACCAGCUGGCGCAGUAAAUCAAAAAGAGGAGUUUAACCUGUCCCAGCGUGAAGAAAUGAGCUCGGUCAGAGAGGAAGGUAAAGACCGAAUUAUCUUUGUUACCAAAGAGGAUCAUGCAGCACCCAGCAGUGCUGAACUUGUAGAGGAAGAUCCCAAUGACCCAUAUGAGGAGCGAGGUCUGAUUCUUCCCAGUGGGGAGAUCAACUGGAACUGCCCCUGUCUGGGUGGGAUGGCCAGUGGUCCCUGUGGGACUGAAUUUAAGGAUGCCUUCUCCUGUUUCCACUACAGCAAAGAGGAGGUGAAGGGCUCUGACUGCCUGGAGCAGUUCAGGGCCAUGCAGGAGUGCAUGCAGCGUUACCCAGAGCUCUACCCACAGGAAGAUGAGAAGUCGUCUGAAACAGACCAGACCUCACAAGAUUCUGCAUCUGCAGAAACACCAGGUGCAAACUCAGCAUCUACCACGGAACAAGACUCUAAUACCACACAACCAAACACAGAGAGCUCAGUAGAAAGCUAAUAAUGAACUUUAGUGGCAACAAAGGAACAAGAGUUUAAAGUCCAACUGAAAUUGGUUACUCAUCACCCUUUUCAAACAAAAAUAAUAUCAAAAGGUUUUUUUAAUUGUGAAGAAGACAAAGUAAAAAAACACUUGCACUGUAGCUUAAAAGCAGUCUAUGUUUUAUUAGGCUUUUUAGGUUGCUGCAGUUGAUCAGCUUUUUAGCUUCAGUGGUAAGAAAAGGAAGUGAACUCUUUGGAAUUAUCUCCAUGUAUUUAUAAAUUAAUCCUAAACUAUGAUCAGAUCUUCAUUGAAGUUACAGUUAUAAUCAAACACAGUCUGUCUUAACUAAUAACACACAAAUCAUUGUAUUGGUCCUUAAUAAAUACAUAAAAGAUAAUCAUUGUAUGUGUGUUAUUAGCUUAAGCACAUUGUAUUUGUCUGUACUUGUGAUUUUGAGAUGAAGAUCAGAUCACACCAGUCGACGUAAAGAACCUGGUAAUUCCAAAGGGUUCACAUCUUUUUUCUUAACUCACUGUAUCCUGGAACCUGACAUUAGCCGUGCACUUCCUUCGUUAGCUAAGGACAGUGCAGGACAAGACAUGUUAGUAAAGAUAAGAGAGUUCGGUAAGACGGAGACACUAUUGUGGGUUCUUCAAGAUAAGAUAAGAUAAAAUAAUCCUUUAUUAGUCCCACAAAUUUACAUUUUCAAAGUCCGUGGCUACUUCUUAAUGCAAGUAUGGUUUUAAAAUGAAGCAAUUUGAGUGGCUGAGUCAUCCAUCUACAUAGAGGGAGAAUGGAUUGAUUUAUGCAAAGAAAGGGGGCGUCAUCAUGAAACCAGAAAAUAUAAAGAGUCAAUUCUUUUCUCAAAGGACUAAACACAGGACAGGUGCUUUAUACUGUAGCAGGCAAAAAACAAUAGGUUGAAUUUCAGUCGGACUUUAAACAUUCUAUUAAUGACUAAGAUGUGCUUAGCCUUUUUAAAAACGUAUAUAAUGUGGUCAAUAAAAAAUGACAGCCUCGAGUGUCAAAAUUGAAGUUGUUCUGUCAAAACAAGAUUAAAGAAUCUUUAAUUCAAUCAAGAGCUUAGAGGACCAAGCUUAUCACACACACUGAGGUUAAUAAUAUAUAUUUUUACAUCAUUUGUGAUCAUUUGUUAAGAUUAACAGUUCUACUUGCACAUGCUGUUAUUUACCAUGAAAAGUAUAAAAUGAUAACAGUAGAAAUUACAGUAAAAACACUUUUUAUACAUUUUUCAUUUUCAUUCUUUCAUAUUAGCGCUAUUUUCUUAUGAUGUUAAAUAUAUAGAAUUUUACAUGUACAGUAUGUUUUAAAGUAAUGUCAGUAAUGUUGCUGAUAAAGUUGCUAAAUUCACAGAGGAGGGAAGAAUGUACUGGAGAAGACGUAACUUUCAGGUGUUGAAUUGAGGGUAGUCUGUUUCCACAGCUGUCCUCUCUCCUGUGGGACACCCUCCGCUGCUAAUUUGCAACGAGACUUAAAACCUUUUACCUCAGCUGAACUCAACUGAACCAUUUGUGUGUGACGUAGGACUGACUGAAGUGACUUGAAUUGAAAUACUGUUGAAAGUUUUAUAAUAAAUUAUAUUAUACCUCUA